AAAACAUCGCGAGAUUGGUGUCUCUUGGCAACAGUACAUUACACAGCUUACAUGGAGAAGUCUGAGCGACAAAAGACUCAGCUCAUUGCCAACCAGCCAUACGACGAAACUCUGGACAUCAACGACUCAGAAGAGGUGGCCAGUUUGUACACACCUACUCCACGGCAAGCAGGCUUUAGGAACACAAGCCGACAGCAGCUGAAUAACAUGGCCAAUAGUGGCAGUGAUGAGUUUGAAGAUGGUGCCAAGCAAAAAACGAAAGGUCCACCUGCUAGUCCACGUGAAGCAACUGAAAAUAAUGAUGAAGAGGACGAUGAUGAUGAUGACGACGAUGAUGAUGAUGAUUCUGAUGAAACAGAGUCAGAUGACGAUGAUGAGGAGCCAGGUUCAGCUCCAGAAGGAACAUAUGACCCGGCAGAUUAUGAUCAUCUUCGUGUCACAUCAGAUAUCAAAGAACUUUUCCAGUACAUCACACGAUACACACCACAGACAAUUGAAUUGGACCAUAAGCUGAAGCCUUUUAUUCCUGACUUCAUUCCAGCAGUAGGCGACAUUGAUGCUUUCCUUAAAGUUCCUCGGCCAGAUGGGAAGGCGGAUGGUCUGGGCUUGCUGGUGUUGGAUGAACCAUGUGCUAAACAAUCUGACCCUACUGUGCUCUCCCUGUGGCUUUCUGAGAACAGUAAACAACACAACAUCGCUGAAGUGAAAGUGAAGAGUAUUGAAAACCCUCAGAAGAACCCAAAAGCUAUCGAUAACUGGAUAGAGAGCAUCAGUGAACUACAUCGCUCCAAACCACCAGCUACUGUACACUACACCAGACCCAUGCCAGAUAUCGAUACCCUGAUGCAGGAGUGGCCACCUGAGUUUGAGGAGCUUUUGGGCAAGGUUAACCUUCCGACGGCAGAUAUUAACUGUGACCUUGCAGAGUACAUUGACAUAAUUUGUGGUAUCUUGGACAUUCCAGUGUACAAGAAUCGAAUCCAAUCUCUCCAUGUCCUGUUCACGCUCUAUUCUGAAUUCAAAAACUCCCAGCAUUUUAAGAAUUUGGCAGAGGGUCACGAGUCCAACACGCCAUCUACUCGACAUAUUGCUACUGCAGAAGCAGAAACACUCAUAAUAGAGUGAUCUCUCUCCCACAUCCCUACAACGUGUGAACCCAACAGAUGCCCUAUGAAAGAACUGUUAAGUUUCUAACUGCACUCCACCCCACUCCUCCCAUUACAAGUGGCAGCAGCACUAAUUUAACUUCUCAGCAGUCUGUCAUUUUUAUUAAGAAAAUUUCUAUAAAUAUAAAAUGUGUGCAAAUUGUAUGUAUAGCUGCAAAUAUUUCUUUAUGCUGUAAUUUUAAUAAAUAAAGCCUUUUUUUCUCAAA